UUGAGGUUCGUAGUUUUUUAGUUGAUUACAUGUAUAAACAGCUUUCGUUUCUUAUUAAUGUCUUUUGUCGACUCAUAGCUUUUGCAUCAUUGUGAUCAUCAUUGCAUCAUCAUUAAUUGUGAAAUGUUUUUAAAACUUUUCUCGUAUGUAAUAAGGCUUUUAGGUUUCAUAAUUUUAUUAAACAGUGUUAAAACCCAUCUCAUGAAAGUGUAUGACCAUGGAUCCCUCACGUAAUUGGGCUCAGGAUGUGUUACGGUGUCAUCUCUGUGAUACCCCGGUCCCACCUAUGUACUGUGACAUUUGUCACAUUCAUCUGUGUAAGGCCUGUGUGGGAGAACAUCUCUCCGACGAAUUGAAAGAACACAAAGUCGUGUCUUUCAAGAAAAGAGGAUCCACCACUAGAUGUCCAAAUCAUUCCUCAAAACAAUGCGAACUUUACUGUCAAAAUUGUGACAGUCCUAUUUGUGCAACGUGUGCUUCCUCUGAAGAACACCAAGGUCAUAAAUUUAUUGAAAUAUUGAAAAGCCUAGAAAGCAAGAAAGAAGAAAUGCAAAACGAUUUGCAAGAACUGGAAAAAUCAAUUCAUCCUAAAUAUCAAGAAAUUGCAUCUAACAUCUCAGUUCAAAAAGACGAAAUAAAAGAAAACUCCCAAGAAUUGGCGUCAGCUAUAGACAAGCAUGGAGAGGAUAUGCAUAGAGAAAUAGACAUCAUUAUCGCAAAACUAAAAUCUGAUCUUGGUGAAAUAGAAUCCAAACAUCUGACUGUUCUAAAUGAACAUGAACAGGAAAUCACACACACCAUUUCUGAAAUUACACAGAGCAUUUUAGACUUGAACAAAUUACUGAACUCCAAUGACGUCAGCAUUAUCUCUGCUUACGAAUCUAGGAAUGCUGAGUUCAGAACAUUGCCCCCUAAAAUCACACUUUCCUUACCAAUGUUCACACCCUUUGGUAUUGACAAGGAACAGUUGCGUCUACAGUUUGGUUCUCUGUCAGCGUCAUCCAUCAAAACGGAAGAAGAUGAAUACACAAUGGAUUCUCCAGUUGCUGAACCGCCUUCCCCAGAAAAACCGCUCACUGAUGUACCAAAGAUAAUCCAAAAUAUAAACACCGAGAAUAAACAUUCACUCUUGAAUAUUAAUCAAGGCAACAAGCCCUCUCCUUCUGGCAGACCACUUAUUGGUGCACCAAAGGUCAUCACAGCUAUUAACACUGGAUAUAGCGACAGUACCCUGCGUAGUGUGGUUUGCCAUACUGACGACGAUUUAUGGACGUGCGGUGAGGACAAAAUCAUGAGACUUUAUAGCCUCAAAGGGGAGCUAUUAAAGUCAGUCAAAACCAGAUCCGGGAACAAUCCGUACGACAUAGCUGUGCAUAGGAGUGGGGAUCUAGUUUAUACAGAUUACAAGGAAAGCACCGUGAAUGUAAUGAAGAAUACACAGAUACAGACAGUGAUCAGACUGAAGGGCUGGAGUCCUUGUAAUAUCUGUAUUACGUCAUCUGGCAACCUCCUGGUUGUCAUGAUCAGUGACGAUGUAAAACAAACAAAAGUUGUGCGUUACUCUGGCUCAAUUAGAAAGCAAGUCAUUCAAUAUAACAGCAAAGGAAAACCGCUCUAUUCAUCGGAUUUGUACACGAAAUACAUCGCCGAGAACGGGAACCUAGAUAUCUGCGUGUCGGACCAUGGAGCUCAGGCAGUAGUGGUGGUCAAUCAAGACGGUAACUUCCGGUUUACCUACACUGGUCCGCUCUCCACUACCGAUGAACCAUUUAAUCCAGUUGGCAUCGCCACCGACAGACAGAGUCGGAUCCUGACAGCAGACCCUAACAAUCAGCGAAUCCACAUUCUAGAUAAAGACGGACAAAUAAUUCGCUACAUUGACAACUGUCAUCUACGAGGUCCAUGGGGUUUAUGUAUGGAUACAAGGGGCAACCUCUUUGUGGCUGAAUUACCGACAUGUAAAAUUGGUUAUUCCACCAGCUGUAUUAAAAUGGCGGAGAAAACUACCUUCAAAAGCAAAGGCCGCAAAGCGAAGAAAAGCAAAUAUAUUGAAAAAAGUACCAUUACCAUUAAUAAUUACCACACUGAGCAACAUGGCCAAACCAACACGUUUAUUGCACCAAUAGUCCAGACAGACAAUACAACAAUGAUGCCAAAUCUAAGUUUAGAAGAGCCAACUAAACGCAAUGAAAAACUGGUGGAAAUGGUAAACAGCAUCAUUUGUCCACAGAACGUGACCAAACCUUCACCGAUGGACAUUCAUGAUUUUAAUUCAAAGUUUAAAGAACUUUAUAAAGAUGAUUUCAAAAGUAUUUCUGGUGUCAACAUAAUUCAGUUUGUCGACAAAAACCAUCACGUGUUUGAAACAUCUACGGAUGAUAGACAAAGAAUGAUGAUUCAAAUAAAAAAUAAAAAGGUGCCAAGAAAGAAAAAAAAUAAGAAGGAAAAACAAAAAAACAUUGCUCAGUCUAGGAAAGCAGAGGAUGUAUCUGAAACUGACUAUAUAACUGCAGAAUCUGAUCAACUCGUUGAAGAAACAUCAGAUGACGAUUCACUAGAUGAACGGUCAGAAGAGGCUUUUUUGGAAUCCAUUAAAGAUAGGCAAAAUCUAACAUUAUGUGUUUCUGAUAGCGAUGAUAAUGAUGCAUCGCUUGGAGAAUCACCUAGGACUAAAUGGAAAGAAGUACGAAAACACAAAAACAGAACAUCAUAUUCCGGCACCGCAAAGCAAGACCAGGAUCAGGAAAAAACGCAACAGGAAAUUCAUGUCCAAUAUCAACGGUCAUUAUCCGAGGACGAACGGCAAUACCUACUCAACAAUCUUUUACAAAAGAAAGAAUCUCACGAUUUCAUCUUCAAACACUCUGCAAGAGAUUAUAUGAAUCAUCCGUACAAGUUGGCGAUCGACCUAGUCAGUCUGUGGAACACAACGGCACGUACACUAUCUUACAUUGUUGUUCGUCUUGAUCAUAGUCUAGAUUUAAAUCUUUUGAAAGAAUAUCUGUCUUUGGAAAAUUUCACAACGCUGCCUCACUAUCAAUAUUUCGAAGUUAAGCAUACAAACACCUAUGGAAUAUUUGAACUACCGUCUAGUCGUGGAUGUGGUCAACCAGCCAUAACAAAAUCUAGAUUGAAACUAGUUGAAACUGCAUUCGUGUGCUGGGAAAAGGAUCAACUUUGGUAUAGACAAUCUGCUUCUCCAACUGCGCUAUCUUUGUCUGAUCCAUUACUUGCAAUGAUAUAUCAGUGGUUUGCAGGGGAUAAUGGUUCCUCUUCAACUUCUUCAAAACCAACACCUGAUAGAAAAAUCAGAGAAGAAAAUAAGAAGAGUACUAGUAUUACCGAUGAAGCUAGGAAAGGUUCGGAUACACCAUUGGAUAUGACAAAAAGUGCCUUAGAAAUUUUUAGAAGUGUUAUUAAAGAAUUCCUAAAAGGGAAAUAUAUUCUCUUAGCAGGAAACAUGCCUAAAGGAAUCAACAACUUGGAGGCAAUAUCUACAGUACCAUGGAUGUAUGUAUUCGACUUUGACCAGACUAGCAGAGAUUCUGGACUUCUGAGCGUGAAUGAAAAUUUUAUCAGAAAACGUAAAUCACUCCAUCUCACAAACUGGAGACAGCCACCAGCUGGUAUUACAGAGAAUGGGACAUCUUGGACAUUUUUGUGUGGUAGACGAGAUAAUCCUGAGAGCAUAUUACAAAACUGUAAUGAUGUUAGAAGCUGGUUUCAGAGGGUCAGAGCAAACAUUGAUCUACACAUUGAACAAAUUCAAAAAUAUAUUGAAGAUUACACAGUGCUUACAGUGCUGAUGAUUUGGCCUCUAGAUGAGCAAUUGGCACAACAUAUGCACAAAUUUUUAACUCGAUUGGAUGAUGGCUUGGACCCAAAGCCUAAGAUCGUGUUAUCAAUUCCAGGCAAACCAACAACAGAUAUUGGUAACUCAAUUCUCAUGGUAUUAAAAAAUGAAUUUGGGGAAAAUUUGACAAUUAUUGAUUGUGACGUGAAGCGUAUAUGUAGUUGUAUCAGUGCUAUUACCAAAAAUCAGCAAAUUGUGUCAAAUAUAAAAUAUUCCCUUCCGACUGCAGACGAAUUCAGUGAUCCCUGCAUUGAAGACAGUGACGCAGCUUGGCUAAGAGAGGAGCUUGAAAUCUUGUAUCUCACGAAUCCAUACCCUAAAUGCCAACUUGAUGUCAAUUCUCUUCAAGAAGAAGGAGAUAUAUUUUUCCGUGGAGGUUCAUUACGUUGGUUUGCAUGGUAUGAAGUUGGCGCUGGCCACUUUGAUGCUCAACGCGAUCUAAUGUCCGCUAUGAUGAGGGACAUAAGAGUGUACAUUGACGAAAAUCGAUCAGCAGUUGUCACAUUAUAUCAUGCACCGGGAUCUGGAGGAUCAACAUUGGCCCAGAGAAUUUUAUGGGAAUUCCAUACGGAGAUCCCUUGUGCUCAAGCCAAACUACGAUCCGCUUUGCCAGUAACAUCAUUAGUUGAACGUAUUGAAAUGAUGUAUGCAAAAACACACAAACCAGUUCUGUUAUUGGUUGAUGGAGAUGACGAAGUAAAGGUCAAACAGUUGAUAAGAACACUGAAACUUAACUCUCGUUGUUAUAUUAUCAUUCUCUAUGUUAAACGAUAUCCAUAUCGAGCCAAGAGCAAAACACUGUUUUUACAGGGCUCUGUGUCAAUUCAAGAGGCGAAGCGGUUGGCUCUCAAAUUUAAGAACCAAUGUAAAGAAGACGGAAAGAAGCAGGCACAAUUAAGCAAGUUGUGUGAGGAUGUCGAACGAGGAAAAGAACGUCUCGUGUAUGAAUUUGGACUUGCAACAUAUCUACAUGAAUAUAAAGGGAUUGAAAAAUAUGUUAAAGGAUAUUUGUGGCCAUCUGGGAAAAACAAUACCGAUUGUCUUAUUGGUAGAAAAAUUCUUUGCUUUCUGUCUCUUGCUUAUUAUUAUGGACAAAUUGCUUUGCCACUACAGUUUUUCUGUGGUUUGAUUUACAAAGCAACCAACUAUCUCGUUGAAAUGGAGGACUUGCCAGAGCCCGUUUCACAAUUUGUUGUGUUUGACAAGAACGAAAGUAAAACAAACAAUAUACGGGUUUGUCACUACCUCGUUGCAAAAGAAAUUUUAGAACAGGUUUUAGGCAAUGGAUCUGAGCAAAGAUCUACAGAAUUGAGUGUAUCUGCUAGGCAAAAACUUAAAGACAUAUGCGAACAAUUUAUUGAGUAUGCAAGCAGAAAAGGUAUAAAAUCAGGGAAUAUUGUGUAUAUUCUGACAAGGAUAUUUAUCUUCCGUGACAACAAAGAUAUGGGCGAAAAUGCUGAACAAACAAGGAAAAAACCAGUACUUUCAAGACUGGUUUUAGAUAUACAUUCAAAAGGUCCACUGUACACAGAACGCUUACUGGUUCUCAAGAAAUUGACAGAAGCUUUUCCAAAUGAUCCGAAUUUUCACGCCCAUCUAGGCCGUUUUUAUGCAUAUUGUAGACCAAAUGAAGAUGAUGAAGCUGAAAAAUGUCUACAGAGAGCAACGGCAAUAUGUGAAAAACAGAUCCGAAACAAACCCAAAGGAGAAUUAGAUGACAGACUGUUGCAUUCUUUAAUGCACGUGUAUCACAUUUAUGGGACAAUUUUGCAGAAAAGAAUCGCUAGAUACACUGGACAAUCGCCGACAGAUGAACCUGAUAUCAACACAAACGACGAGGAUUUUGACGAGAGGUUGGAUGAAUUGAUCCGAACAGCAGAGCUGUCUUGUGAGUAUUUCAAGAAGUGUAGAUUUUACACACCAGAUGGUCAUGAAUCAUGCCAUGGCUUCGUUGGUGAAAUAACUGUCCGACUUCAAAUCUGUGACUUUAUUGAAAGACAUUUUAAGGAAGAGGAAGAAUCAUCAGGAAUAAAGGCUUAUUUGUCUUCUAUGGAGGAGCAAUAUUGCACGGGAAGAAACUUCGUAAAGAGGAGCGUUUAUUCUAUAGAUAACUUACUUAUGGAUUGUUUGAACUCAUUAGAAGAUGAAGAUAUUGAUCAUUCCGUGCAAAAAGUGAUUUUCUGGUAUAACCAUCUUUUCAGCAAAUAUGCUGCGAAUUUGGAAGAGCUUGCUGAAGGUGACGAUGUACACGCAUAUAGGCUUCAAAUUGCUGCUAAAAAACUGAAAUAUAGUUGCGGAGAAAGCAAUCUGAUAAUGCUUGAAAAGAUUUCCGAAAAGGAAGACAUAACAAUGAUUGUUCAGUUAUAUGAGAACAUUUUCAGAGAAAAUGUGUCUGAAAGUAAAUCGGCCUUAGAUAGGGAUUAUAAAGAGUGGAUUUUUGCUAUCCGUCAUCGGCUUUUUGAUCCUGUCUAUCAACUUGAAUCUGUUUUACUUCAUGUUAGGAAAUGGCAUGAUGUUCUUCAUUCUCCCAUGUCAAAAUUUUAUUUGUUCAUUCUCACAAGUCUUCUUGGUUUUGGCAAAGAAAACACCAAUGGAAGUAGUGCAUUUUUAUCCGAAGCAAACUUAUUAAAAAAGGACAUGGAAAAGGUUAGCAAAUUUGUUUUGAAACCCAAAUAUCCGAGAGAAUGGCUUCGAAAAUCAGGAGAAGGGAUAAAGAUUUUGGAAUCUGGAACUAGAUUUUUAGGAUACGUUGCUUUCGAUGACAGAAAUUUGAAAGAAGAUAUAUCCCAAACUCUCAGAAUUUGUAAGGGUACAAUAUGCGCCCCUAACAACAGAAAGCUGUCUGGAUAUAUAUCCCUGGACCUCGGUAACAAUGUCGUACCUGUGAGAGUUUUCUAUAUACCAAAUAAGGCAAACUUAGCGAGCACUGCCCACGCUGAGAAGAGAGUUGAAUUUAUUCUCGGUUUUAGCUUAGAUCAUGGUUGGGAUGCAUUCAAUGUUCGACUUCUUGAAAAAUACCCAUGUCCGAGACCGGGUUGUAACGCUUAUGCAGAAGUGAGCAGUAUGGAUAAUGAGGUGCUAUGUCCUGGAUGUCAAAAUGUCAUCCCGAGGACUGAAUUCAAUCACCAAAUUGCAUAGAAGACGGAAGGUCAGUUCGAUUGAUUGAUCAUAAUUCAAUGACUAGUCCCUUUUAUGAAUCCAGAGCUUUAUGGAACUCUGUACAUCCCGACUUCAGGAUACAUUUUGGUAGCUACGUGUACAGUGAUUUGCUUUUUAAUGUAAAAUGAACCAAAUCUGAAUCUUAAGCUUAAGGUGCAUUUCUACUUGUAAAUAUCAAAGUCUGAUGAUUCUCCUUGCAAAUGUAUAGCUUUAUGGACCACACCACACUGCCAUGACUUCAGGGUACAUUGGGGUAAUUAAAGACUGCUUUUUGUGAAAAAAAAAAAAAUUACAUAAUUUUUCAUAAUUUGAAAUCAAACUGUACACUGUAAUCCUAGCGACCAACUGAUAGAAAUUUUGAAUUGUACAAUUUUGAAUCUCAUUUUUAGAAAAAUUUGAUGGUUUUCUAAAUUUACUAAUUAAUAUUAUGCAUGAAUACAUACAUGUUCAUUCGUGCGUGCUUGAUUUUUUAUGUCAUGUGCUUGAUAUUUAAUAACGUCCUGAUAUACAGAGCCUUAGCGUAUUGUGCUACAUGUGUACAUGUACAUGUAUAGGACAUGGAGCAAACCGUUGUUUCAAUAAUAGCACAGAUCUAUGCCUAUAUAUUUAACAUGCUUGGUAUAUAUGUACAUUGUAUUUACUACACAUGCAUAAUAAUACAUAGUAUGUGUUACAGUAUUUGUUAAACUCGGUCAUACAUUCUUUUUCUCCAGAUGAUUUUUAUUCAACUAACAAUCGUCUAACAUUUCAUGCAUAUCAAAUACCCUUGUGAUUGAUACAUGUACAUGUACGUACAAGUAUGUAUGUACGUUUUCAAUAAAAUGUAUCAUAUAAUCGUU